UUAUCGCUAUCUUGGGUUUCCAACUUUAAUAUUUCCAGCUCUGAUUCAGCUGAUCUUUGUUUAUUAUUUAACUUCGAACGACGCACAUCUAUAGAAACGAUUAAGUGAACAAUAAUAUCUUCGUAAUCUAAAAUUAGUUUCCAUAUAAAUAAAUUAUCCACGGGUAUUGCGGUAACCCACAGAAAAAAAACUAUAAUUGUGCGAAAAUGAGGCUUGCGCAUCUGCUGCUGGUAGUAGUUGCAUCCUGCUCAAUUAUAUCCUGUAGCCUGGGAUACAGACCGGUCGUGAUUCUGCAUGGAAUUCUAUCCGGGGCCGAGUCCAUGACCUUGUUGGUGCAGGAAAUCUUAGCGGCUCAUCCUGGUACUAUUGUUUACAACUGCGACAAGUUCAACGGGUGGUACAGUCUGGAGAAUGCGUGGCGUCAAGUCGACCAGAUUCGGGACUACCUCAAUGAAGUCGGAAAACUGCAUCCUGAGGGAAUCAUUGUUCUGGGGUACUCUCAAGGUGGCCUUUUGGCCCGGGCAGCCAUUCAGAGCCUCCCAGACCACAAUGUGAAAACCUUCAUAUCCCUCUCUUCCCCACAAGCGGGGCAAUAUGGAACAAGCUUUUUGCACCUUAUUUUUCCCGAUCUGGCGGCCAAGACUGCCUUCGAGCUGUUCUACUCCCGGGCGGGGCAGUACACCUCCGUCGGUGGCUACUGGAAUGAUCCGCACAAGCAGGAGCUGUACAUGAAGUACAGUGAAUUCCUGCCGCUGAUCAACAACGAAAAAAAAACCUCAAACUCCACCUCAUUCAAGAUGGGAAUGGUGCGGCUCAAUAGGCUGGUGAUGAUUGGAGGACCCAACGAUGACGUAAUUACUCCUUGGCAAUCCAGUCAUUUUAGUUACUAUGAUGAGAACUUGGACGUGGUACCUUUUACCAAACGAAAGUUUUUUACUGCCGAUUCGAUCGGUGUUAAAACCCUUCAAGAGGCUGGCAAACUCAUUAUAGUGAUCAAGCCCAAUGUCCAUCAUCUGGCCUGGCACAGGCGGAAGGAUGUCAUUCAUGAAGUAAUCUUGCCAUACUUGGACUGAACAAAUAUCACCUGACGCUUAGGAAAGGCUCAUGGAAUAUUUCUCAUCAAUAAGCAUAAAUGUGAAGACGCCGCAGAAGUUGGCAGACUGGGACAAAAUGAUCUUUUCUAUAUUUUAAAUAGCUAAUACCACAAUUGUAGCUAAACGAUUAAGUUUAAGAAUUAGUGAUUGCAGAGAUUUAUAUGAACAAAUAUUUUUUACCUAUGCUCAUAAUAUAUGUCUGGACGAAUUUAUA